UAUUGAAUUUGCACGUCCACCUGUCUCUCUUUAUACUGAACACACCCUCCAUCCUCUCAGUGCACACUCCAGUUUGCUUGUGUGAGGAUGAAGGCUCAGAACAUUCAGACCCUGUCUCUCAUACUGUGUAUGAUAUCCUACCUGCUUGUGGGAGCUGCAGUGUUCGAUGCCCUUGAGUCUGAGACAGAGAGCUCCAGGAAGAGGAUCUUAGAACAGAAGCGCAGCGAGCUGAGGAAGAAGUAUGGAUUCAGUGAGGACGACUACCGGGAGACUGAGAGAGUGGUUCUUCAGUCGGGGCCACAUCGUGCGGGGAGACAGUGGAAAUUUGCAGGAUCCUUUUACUUUGCCAUUACCGUCAUCACUACGAUUGGUUAUGGACAUGCUGCUCCAGGUACGGAUGCUGGAAAGGCGUUCUGCAUGUUGUAUGCCAUUCUGGGCAUCCCACUGACACUGGUCAUGUUUCAGAGUACGGGGGAGAGGAUAAACACAUUUGUCAGUUAUCUCCUCCGCAGGCUCAAAUGGUACGUGGGUUUACAGCAGACGGAGGUGUCCAUGGGGAAUAUGGUGUUGGUUGGCCUCCUGUCGUGCAUGAGUACUCUCUGUGUCGGGGCAGCGGUCUUCUCCCACUUCGAGGGCUGGACCUUCUUCCACGCCUUAGAGGGAGGGUCCAGUUAUACCAACCUCAUCCCCUCUCCAUCUGACCAGCACAGAGAGAUCCAUUCGGUCAGCUACUCUGCCAAUAACUGCAUCAGUGCCCUCUGUUCUUAUUUGUGCUUCAGUCUCUGCGCCUGUGACAGCCCCUCUAUAACCGACGGUAUUCCCUUGGGCUGCCACAGCAACCCUGUCUUCUACAACUCCAUCUCUUAUAGGGUGGAUGAAGCCUCUUGUAGCUCCCGGGGCACUUCAGCCCAGUCCUCCCUAGGCAGUGGUGCCCUAUUCCUGGGCAGCCCUUACAAACGGAGGAAAUCAGUGUAGCUGCGUGGAUGGGGAUUGAGUCUGGACAAAUGUUCCCUCUGAUUAUCUAGUCGCCUACAAACAAAACCAGUGGAGCAAAUCCCAUAUCAUUUUUACAUAGACGUUUUUACAAUAGUGCUUCACAUUAAUUAAGGUUUUUUGUUUUGAUCAUUGAUCCAACAAGGUGAAACAUCUGUUACUGUUCCCUUUAACAAAGCACUUUUGGACCAUUAAAUUGGACCAUUAAGUUAUAAGUUGCUCAUGAUAAGUGUGUCUCCUAAAUGUCUUAAAUGUAAAAUUGUAAAUUGCAUUUCAUUGGGUUGUGUGAUGCAGGAUACCAUGUUACAUGUAACAUGUUACAUGUAACAUUCAUAGGACCUACAGACAGUCAGAUACUGUAGGUUACCCUAUAUCUAUUACUAUUUGCAUAUCCAAGCCUAAUUCAAAAUACAACACGGCCCCUUUAAUCACAAAUAAGCUUUUUAGCUGAAAUGCCUGAAAUCCGUGCCCCCCGUAAAUUGAGACUGGAAUUGUUCUGAAAAUUACAAAAUUAAUAAAUUUCGCAAUUGUACCCACAGUCUCUGAAUUGCAAGUGCCAUGCUCUACCAAUUGAUCUAUAUAGUCAAUACUGAUUUACCCUGAAGUAUAUGGAACUGAUAUUUAUUGAAUAAAGGGGACACUGUCCGCCGCUGAAAUGCCUGCCCCCUGUCAAUAGAGAGGGAUUGUUUAAAAAAAAUCUAAACUUACAAUGUUAUUGUGCCUCUCUCUUUCACCUUCACAUUCAAUAGGUUUAUUAUUGAAUGUGAUGAAUGUCAUUUAUUAAUAAACAAGGGGACACCGUUUCUGUCAGCUACCGCCAAAAUCCGUGCUCCCCAGUCAAUCGAGACAGCUCAUAAAAAAAAAUGUCUAAACUUAGACUGUUAUUGUGUUUCUCUCACCAACACAACCAGUAGGUUUAUUUCAUUCUGGAGAUGUUCAUUCAAUAAACAAGGCAACAUCAUUUCUGUCAGCCUUUGGCAAAAUCGUGCCCCCGGUGAGUCAAGAUGGAAUUUUCCCCAAAUUUCAAAAUGAAUACAGUACCUCAGUGUAAUCAUAACCCCAACCACUGCGUUGCAAGCGCUAAGCACUACCAAUAAAAUAUAUAGGAUAGAUUAUUUGCUAGCAACCAUAACUAUUAUUAUUUAUAGGGAUCUUUUUGUAAUCUCUAAAAAGCAACAUUUGUCGUGAUCCUGGCAAAAAUAAACUGGAC